AUGUCUGAUCCCAGUGCCGAACUCCAGUCCACACUCCGCCACUUGGCCAUUGGCGACCAAGGCCCCAUCAAGGAUGUUCGAAGAAUCUCAGCGACGACAGAGGUGACGCCGCAACUGGCACCGGGCACAUCCAAGCCCAAAAAGUCACCCGCCAAACCGGUUGCCGAUUCAUGGGAAGACGAGGCCGAUGCCUCCUCCGAGGAUGAUGAAUCGGCCUCCAAGUUCGACAAGGACUCGGUAUCUCCAUCCAUCCUUUCGCCCACACUGAGUGCGGAAGGCCCACUAGAUCCGCCGCCUACGCCCAUCUCGCCACAGAUCUCAGGUCCCUGGGUGAGUGCGGCACCAAAAUCCCCCGCCACGACCCAGAGAGACCCCAACCGACGACCUGAGAAACAGACCGCCGUGGCCGGCCGCUUGAUCGCCGGCGCCUUGGGGCUGCGGGCACCGAAGCGGACGGAGGAGCAGCGGGCUUAUGACCGGUCGGUGAAGGAGCAGGAGAUCAAGCGAAGGAAUCGCGAGCGCGAAGAGUUGGCCAAGGCUCAGGAAGAGGAAGAGAAAGUCAAGGCAUCUGUUUGGACCGACUGA